CAGGUACGUUUUAUCUGUCAAAGUCAGUUUUAAUUUUCGAAGGACAUGUUUACGUUGAGUUUGAGUUGUAUUUAUUGUUUGCUCCCAAUUUUGUAAUCAAUUUCAAUGGACGAAUUAAAAGGACCUACUAUCCAAAUAGUACUUCAUGUGAAAGAAGGUCUUGGAUUUGGUUUCUUGAGGGUUCCUUUUAUUGUAAGUGGAUCUUUAAAUGGAUAUAUGCUAGAGACGGACCCGGUUGUGCCCAGCCAUGCACCAAGUUUCGACGCUGAACUUGUCUGGGAGGCCGAUAAACGAAGAUUUCGUAGCCUACGAGUCCAGAAUGUCCCCAUCAAAGUGGAAGUGUUCACAAUGGGAACUCAGGGCCGAAAGGAUAAAGUGGGUUACCUGCUGCUCAGUCUCCUUGGAGCGCAGCCCUGUCCUGCUAGCAAGAUUGUUGAUGUGCGGCACUCAUGGCACCGGCUGCUAGGAGUGAAGUCGGAGGGGAAGUGCUGCCACCCGCAGCUUAUGCUCAGCCUCUCUGUUGAAGACCGUGCCAACACAAUCACGCCUAGGAACGAACUCCGUAUGUUCCAUAGCAACGAUGUGGCUUACCCGACUCCUUACAACACGGUCAACCCCACUGCUGGACUGUUGCUGACACUUAAUGAAUACAUAGCAGAAAGCAAGAAGACAGUGUCGAGCCCCGACCUGCAGCCGCACCUGCUGUGCGACGAGGGGCUCAUACAGAUUGGCGACGGAAAGCAUCUGUUCCUGCUGAGUUUCGUCAUCGGCGCUGUCGAAAACAUUGACAUGCUUAUACCUGACUAUGCGUCCAGAAAAGAUGCCACUGACUGUUAUGUUUCAUACACAGUCUUCACGCAUACCAUUACAACUGACAGAGUGAGUGUGACAGUGACGGGGUCAGGCGCGGCGGCGCUGUUCAACCAGCGCACGUCGCUACGUUUACGAUCAGACCUGGCCACGCUUGGGCGCUACUUCGCCGAGUGCCCGAGUCUCGUCACCACCGUGCGCGCCACAGACCGGGACGUCGGUAUCUGCAGCAUGGAUCUCCGCAAGCUAGUCCCGACAGACAACAUCGAACACUUCCUCACCAACUUCUGCAACGAGCCCCAAGCGUUAUCCAUACACGAACGCUGCUUCAUACUGCGCACAGACGGACAGCGAGACGGGGACCGGAAACCAUAUGUCGAUGUCGAUAUGAGCCUUAAGUACGUCGGGGUACAGACUGAACCUGCGAAACCACUGGUACUCUCGGCGCGUAGUGCGACUCAACUGGAAAUUCGAACGCAGAGGGAGGUGCUGCGAACAGAAAGCAAUCUAAACAUCAAAAGCAGCGGCAGUUGUACCAACUUGGAGGAUGUGGGCGGCGUAGCGUACACUAACAACACGGCGAGGAACACGUCCAGGUACAAAGACGCAUCAGGCGCCGCCAUUCUUCAAACCAACGAGAUAACAGAGCUAAUACGAAAGAUGUGCGAUUCCUUCGCGCUCAGCCAAGAGAAACUACUGGCGGCUCGAGAGAAACCACUUACUAGCGACAUGCAAGUGCAGUGCGAGACGGAGAUAGACAAGGGAAACAAGGACAGUAUGCGGGAAGAGAGCGUGGGCGACAAGGAGAGCAUGAGUAAGAGUGACACCUGCAUACGGAACGAUAAAGACAUGGUAAAGAGGGUGAUACCGUACGAGGAGCGGGACAGCAUCAUGCAGAAGUUUGUGGACGAGCUCGAAGACUGGAAAGAGAAACAGCAGGAAUUGUAUAAGUUACAGCUGCAACGCAAAGAAGAAUACCACCUCGAUCUGCUUUCCCGCGAGUGGACCAAGAAGCGGACCGAGCUCGAGACCAAACUGAGCCGCGGCAUCGAGCAGUGCCGCCAUCUAGCGGCGGACCUGGCGCGCGCCACCGACGACUUCCGGCUGCGCGGCUACCGGAACACGGAGAGGGAGAAAAAGCUUCUAGACGCGAAGAAUGCUCUGGAGACGCACUACACGGCGAAGUACCAGGAGCUCAGAGAGGCCUCGCAGAAGAUGGAAGACGACAUGAACCACCGGCUCAAGCUCAAGGACAUGCGCAUCGAGGAGCUGGAGGCGAGGGUCCAGCAGGUGGAGCGACAGCUGGAGACGAUGAAGAUUAAUGCCAAGAAUAUAGAAAAGGAGUCUGAGAGCAAGUAUUCCGGAUUGACUAAAGACCAAACGGCCAGCCUUAUACAGGAAUUGCGUUGCCUGGAAGAGAAGUUAGAUAGCGCCGUGCAGUCCAAGGCGUUCUUCAAGGAGCAGUGGGGCCGCGCCGUGCGGGAACUGCACUUGAACAAGCUUCAUACAAGAAGGCAGAUGCUCACGCAGCUGAGGCAGGACAGGAGACAGCUCGGGGAGAUGGGACUGGACACAAUUCAUGACCAAGACGAGAAGGCCGAGCAGGUGGACAUGAAACGCCUAAAAGACGACUUUUACGUCGACAUACUCACCAACAUGCCCGUUAUCGAGUCCAAUUCUCACAUAACUACGACGGGACCAGAGUUGGAUAUGUUUGACGAAAUGAAAAGCGCGCCAAAGAACCCCACAAACGAGAGACUGUCGGAGUUGAUCGCAGAGCGCGACCGGCUCGUCGAGCGUGACUGUCCGGACGAGGAGCGCCUGCAGCAUCUCAACCAGGAGAUCAGAUCUAUCCUGCUCAACUGCGGAUCUUGCUAGCGUUCA